AUGACUUCCUGGCUACGACACUAUGGCAAUACGGACGAGUAUCGAUGGCGAAGAGAAGGCAAUGUCUUCAAACGACCUCUUGGAUUUGUCGAAUUUAGCUUCGAUUGCGAUGGCAGGCUGUUCGAGGGCCGUGCCGAUAUGAAUAGUCUGGUCAAGCUUGCGAUCAAAUCAAAACUGUCGACCGAGGAUUUUCGUGAGAGAAUACUUCUUGCUUGGACACAAUUGCGUUGUCAACAUGUUCUUCUCCAAGCUCGAACGAUCAGAGAGAAAGAUGGCUUAAAUAAUUUUGCACCCCAAGGACUCAGUUUCGCCGUCAACAUCCACACCAGCGUCAGCAAAGCAGUAGAAUCCGCAGGACGACAUUUGAUUUUCCUAGAAGAUCACUACGAGCACGUCAACCACAAAGACUUCUACAUGCACUGUCAAAACACGAGCCGAGUUGUAGAUCCUGAAGAUGCUUUAGCCAAAGUCUUCAUCUUACCAUCGACCCAAGAAGACGGAAACACCAUUCUUCGGAUCCAAUUCGUCAUAGCCCACGAGAUCGCAGACGGAAUUUCAAUCAACGCCUGGACGAACAACUUUCUAAAAUAUCUCAACGAAUCAACUGAUCAACUGAAAACUCUGAUCAAAACAACAAUCAACCCAGAAGACAUGCAAACCCGUUUACCUCUCCCACAAGAAGCCUUAUACCCCAAAAUCCCCGGCUCACUGGCACGACAGCGUUGGUUCUGGGCCAUCACGAGAAUCCUUCGACAUGUUCGCAAACCCCACGCAGCAGGUUUCGCGAACCCAUUACGACGACAACAAAAGCGAACGCCGAUUCCUUUGUCGCCAACUUAUAGUGCUGUACUGGACUACCGACGAACACUGCCGUUGAAUACAAUCCCGAUGUAUAUUUCUGUUUCUGCUGAGAAUACCGCGCGGUUGCAGCAGUUGUGUCGGGAAGCAAAAGCUAGCGUCGGAGCAGGAAUCUACGCCUUAGUCGCAGUCUGCAUGAUGGAAUUAUACGAGCAACGCGAACCCGACAUCCCACUCAACGAACGCAAAUGCUUCAUUACAGGAUUCCCAUUAAAUCCUCGCGCAUUCUUCGGGUUUGAGAAUAAACCAGACAGCAUGAUGUUGGCUUUCAGCGAUGGGAUUUCAUUGCCAUUCUUAUCAUCGCACCUUGACGUGACGGGUCGACUACGUCUCCUAGCCAGGCAAGCACAACGUCAACUUUCUGCUUAUCAGAAGAGAAUUCGACCUGCGGGCGAGGAUGGGAAGAGACAGUUCCUGACGAGUCGUGGUGCGGGAUUGGUGUUGGCGAACCAAUAUCUAUACGGCAUUGAGCGCGCCGACUCAUUCUUCCCCGAGGCUCCCACGACCAAUGUCCAAGGCGCAUACCCAGCCCGACAGAAUGCAACACAGCAGACAUGCGGCGUGUCAUCUGUCGGCAGACGCGAUCUUCAAAUCAGCAACGGGGCGUACAAUGUCGCCCAAGCAGAGAAGGAUUUCGUCGCGGAUUUCCAAGACCUUACCGCGAGUGUUCGUGCACGGGAGGGAGAGUUUCUCGUCGGUAUUGCGGGGACCAGUUCGGGGUUGGGAAGCUGUCCUUCUGUCGACAUAUCUUCGCUGGACCCAGAGUUGCUGGACGAUUUCAAGAGCAGGUUCGAGAACAUACUGGCGGAUGUGGUGAUCAAUGAGGAGCGAUCGAGACUAUAGGCCCGUUUCCUGGAGUUUACGCCAGUAGCGGCGUGCUAUGCCAGCCUAUUAAGUGAGGAACAAUCAUUAGUA